UUCUAAAUUCAAACAAACACAAACGAGAAAAAAAAAAUGAUGAGAGGAUAUGCGUUUAUGAUAGUUGCAGUGGUGGCGUCUGUUGCAAUACAGCAGCCUGAGUUGGUGGCCGGACAAGCUAGAGUUCCUGCCAUGUUUGUGCUCGGAGACUCACUGGUCGAUGUUGGGAACAACAACUUUCUAGCAACCAUAGCUAGAGCCAAUUACUUGCCUUAUGGUAUAGACUUGAACCUCCGUCCUACUGGCAGGUUUAGCAACGGCAUGAACUUCAUUGAUCUGCUUGCUCAGUUGUUAGGAAUCUCCUCGCCUCCUCCCUUUGCGGAUCCAACCACAUCAGGCAAUAGAAUCCUCGGUGGAGUUAACUUUGCAUCUGCAGCUGCUGGCAUCCUUGAUGAAUCAGGCCAAAACUAUGGAGAUAGAUUUACCAUGAACCGGCAAGUGGUUAACCUAGGGACGACGCUGAGCCAGUUAAGAACAAUGAUGAGUCCCCAAAACUUCACAGAUUACUUGGCAAGAUCGCUUGUGAUACUUGUUUUUGGAAGCAAUGACUAUAUCAACAACUACCUUAUGCCUAGUCUCUACUCCUCCAGCCUCAGAUACAGACCGCCUGAGUUCGCCAACUUACUUCUCAGUCAAUACGCUAGACAACUUCUUACUCUAUACAGCCUAGGUCUAAGGAAAAUAUACAUAACUGGAGUAGCACCACUAGGCUGCGUACCAUACCAAAGAGCCAGGAGCGUUGGACCACCCGAGAGAUGCGUUGACGCAGUGAACCAGAUACUAGGCACGUUUAACCAAGGGAUAAAAUCAAUUGUUGACCAGCUGAACCAAAGGUUACCUGGAGCUAUCUAUGUGUACGGAAACACAUAUGGCGCCUUUGGUGACAUGUUAAACAACCCAGCUGCUUUUGGAAUCAGCGUAGUGGACAGGGCUUGUUGUGGGGUUGGGAGGAACCAAGGACAAAUCACAUGUUUGCCGAUGCAGAACCCUUGUCCUAACAGGUCACAGUAUCUGUUUUGGGAUGCGUUUCAUCCUACUCAGACUGCUCUCUCUGUUCUGGCUAGAAGAGCUUUCUAUGGACCACCUAUCGACGCAUAUCCUGUCAAUAUCCAACAGAUGACUCUCCUUCACUAGUUUUUUGUGUGUGUUUUCAGUUUUUAAAGUUUGUAUGUUAUGAUACUUGACCUUGUGUAUAAAGCUGAAACAAAAAUGUUUUUACCGCUUAAUAUAUGUGAAAAUGUCAUUAUCUUUCAAAA